GUGAAGAGCUCCUCAUGCUAAAUCGUUGUAUCUUGCAGCAAAUUAUUGCCUCUGAUGUAUCAAUUGGUUGAUUGGUUUGUUCUGCAGCUAGUGGAGGUCUUCCGCUCGACAAUGAUUGGCACGGUAGUUCUACUACAACUUGGAAGUUUUGUCUAUCAUGGGAGCUGCGGGUGGCAAUUUUGGAUACCAGCAAUGGCGGGACCUGCGCGUCUCGCCAAAACGUUCUGGCACCACCAAGUGCGUCCUUUUCAUGCACGAUCAGUGAUGUAGCGGCAAUCGUGAAUCGUCGUCGUCCACUUCACCGUCCGCUGUGUUUACAAGAAAGCUCGGACGAUCCACAAGUUAAUCGCAGCGUCUUGUGGUUCUCGAUCGUAGAACUUGUUCGCGGGUGUCGCGCCGCUUGGCUUAGUACCAUGUUGGGAGCGGGUUCUUCUAGAGCUGGCGCCAACGCAGCAAUGGUGACAACUUCAUCAUCUUCCUCCCGUAGUGAGCGCGAUUCGUGCAACAAUGUGGCUGCCGGUGGCGAGGUGGAGCUUCAAGACAUGAGCCUGGGAGGGUUCCUACUGGCCGCAGAAGGACGGGGAUACGAGCCAUGUCUAAGAACUACGGACCAUGAUCAUCUCGCUGGUGCGGCCUACGCACUGUCUGCUGGAGCAGGGAAAAUAAACGAUCGGCGCCUGACCUUUCCCUCUGCAAGCGUCUCGUCUGGAAUAGACGAUGUCGAUGUGAUGAACAGAGGAAGGCAAAAAUCGGCACAGAUCAAGAACAACAGGUCAAAGAAAACCACUUUUCUCUCACGGAUACAGACCAGUUGCGCAACCACCUUCCGGUGCUGCCCCUGCGGAAAAAGAUCAGUGCUGGCUGAAGAGUUGUCACAAAGAAAAACAAGUAGCGAACCGACGAAAUUCGUCGUGACGGUGAUAAUUUUGAUUUGGCUUUUCUUUGCGGUGAACCAGAUUUGCGCGAACCGCCGCUUCACGCGCGUUCUCGGCACGGAGCCUUGGUUUAAGAUCUCUCAGCCUACGUUGUGCUGUACCGGAUGCUUCUUCCUUUGCUGCUUCUUCAGCUUCUUUACGGACAGGUUUAAACCUCUGUUGCCCGGCACGGACUUGUGGCGAAGCAGGGCGAAGAACAGGAGCUGCGCCGAUCAGCAGGCCGCGGUGGGGGGCACAGAAGAACAUGCUGUGCCGAAGUUCGGAGCAGAAGGAGGGCGGGCUGCAAGGACAAGAAGUAAGAGCAACAGAAGAAAAAAGAAGAAGGCGAGAUUAGCAAAGCUGCGACUGCAGACGGGCAGUGCCAAUAGCACAAUCCCUGCAGGUGGGAUUGGAUUUGGAGGAAAUAGUGGCGAAAUUGAGAUGCGCAACUUCCAAAAGACCUGCAACGGUAAAGAUCUAGAGUCAAGUAGAGCAUCUACUUCUGGAGAGUCGUACACAUCAAGCGAAGAUGAAGGAAGUUCUUCUAGUGUGUCUUCUUCUUCUGACAGCGACGAAGAUGUGGACGAAAAAGCAACAGGCACUCGUCCUGCAGGGCAAGGACACUUGCAUCAUGGUGCGAGGACUGACAAAAACCAGUUUCUCGUAAACCAAGAUCCUACCCCAAGUAGUGCGCGAGGCAAGAACACGACCGCGACAAGACCUCCGCUCCUAAUUGCAGGCACGCCUGGCGCACCAGCGGAUAAAGACGUCGAUGACAUGGAAAACGAUAAUAAUGACGAUAGCCCCCCACUGAUUAUUCCUAGCUACCAAUACAAGGGGGUCUAUCGCUCGCCUGCAGCCAUCAAGUUCCGCGAAUACGGCGGCACAAGCAGCGAGGGGGAGGAUACCGCUUUUGACUUUCUGAAAGACGUCCAUGGGAAGUCUGAGAAGGAAAAAAGAGAAGCAGAAAGAUUGGCUC